UUGUUUUACAAUCAAUGGUACGUCUAUGGUAAACAAACACCUGUGAAUGAACGGAAACCUGUGCUAGUGGUGAUGUUCGCGAUUUCAGAGACUUGUGCUGUGUUUUUAUUGAUAUGAAUUUCAUCGAUUCUUCAUAAGGAUUAGCUGCUCUGGAUGAUAUAGAUUUCAGAAAUUUCCAAUAUGAUUUCCUAUAUUUCUCAACUUUUAUUUAUAGUCUCAGUCAUCCUUCUAAACAACAGAAAUACUUACGGUAUUGCUCAAUACUUCGGACCAUCAGAACAGCCUGAGGCAUAUUUCAAUGGAUCGUCCUACGUACGACUACAAACUACCAUAUCAUUGAAGAAACAAACUGGAAUUAGUUUCAGGACAUGUGUUGGCGGUAAUCUAUUCUCCCAACAACAGAACGAUGAAAUAUUCGAAUUGGUUGUCAAGAAAGAGGGCAUGAUAUUCUUUGCUAGAACCUCUGGGAAGACAUUUGAGGAGAGGAUUGCUGGAAACUACACGAAUAACAGAUGGCACACAGUGUACCUUCAAUACACGUUGGGAAACCUAACAAUCGCCAUAGAUGACAAAAUAUGGUUACUCGCAAACGCUUCGUACAAUCAUGAAGUUUUGACGAGUCCAGGCUUGUACAAUGAGGGCGCUGCGGUGCUUCUGAUAGGGAAACAGUUCAAUGGAUGCAUACAAGAAGGACCAUCGAUAGUUUUCGACAAAAGCAUCAUAAGCUCCAGCCACAACGUUAUUUUUGAACCAUGCCCUUUGACCGAUUUUAGCUGCACGCCAACGGAUCAACAGGAAGGCGUCGACAUUUGCCUCAACAAGCCCUGUUUCAACCAAGGCACCUGCAUAAACGACAAAACCGGAUACACGUGCACCUGUCAUCCUAGAUACACCGGUAAAAACUGCGAGAUAGACCUCGGUGACCCUUGCGAAAAGAUACCGCCUCUUUGCAAAAACAGCGGAAAAUGCGAAUCCUCCACAUUCGGGGAAUACAUGUGCACUUGUCCUCCGAACUACACCGGAGAGCACUGCGAGAACAAGAUCGUGAUCAAUCCGCAGUGCGAACCUCCGAACAACCCCUGUUUGAACGGCGGCAUCUGCAACGUGAUGGACGGCACAAACCAGGUUGUCUGCAACUGCAAACCUGGCUUCAAAGGGACUUACUGCGACAUCAACCUAGACGAAUGCUUCUCCAGCCCCUGCAAGAACGGCGGACUGUGCGUGGAUGGGUUCAACAAUUAUACCUGCAACUGCGCACAUACUGGGUAUACAGGGAGGCUCUGCGAUAAGGACGUCAACGAAUGCCUGAAUAAUCCGUGUCACAAUGGUGGCAUUUGCUUCAAUACUUACGGGAGCUACUUGUGCCAGUGCGUACCUGGUUUUGGUGGACAAAACUGCGAAUAUAAUGUCAACGAAUGUCAAUCCCAACCCUGCUACAACAGGGGUAUAUGCGUGGACAAGCCCGGCGGUUACGAAUGUAGGUGCCCGAUGGGUUUCCAAGGAAACAAUUGCGAAUUGGACAUGCGCAGCGAAUAUUGCACACCGCAGAGUUGUUCCCCUUACGGAGAAUGCCGAAGUAACGGCAACCUAGGGUCGAGCUGCUACUGCAAGCACGACCAUCCGGGAAUUUACCCGAAUUGCACUGUGGAUCCGGUGUGUGUCCCUAACCCUUGCCGAAACGGAGGCAUUUGCGCUGGCAGCCGUUUGGGCGAUAGGAGCAGUUUCAAUUGUUCCUGUUUGCCUGGUUUUAUCGGCCAAGCAUGCGAACGUGUUGACCUGUGCGAACCGGGCCUGUGCCGUAACGGUGGUACCUGUAUUGGCGACCCUUACGGGUAUCGCUGCGCCUGCGCCGACGGAUGGACAGGUUCGAGUUGCGAAACGCACCUUAGGUGCGAGAAUGAGCCGUGCGCACACGCAGUCAGCUGCCAGAAUUAUUUGGGUGGUUACUACUGCACUUGUGAGGUCGGCUGGACAGGCCUAAACUGCAACGUCGAACUGGAUCUAUGUUCUAGUAACCCCUGUCUAAACGGGGGUACUUGCACGGAUCUGUUCGAUUUCUUCACGUGUCAAUGUGCACAAGGCUAUACAGGACGCUUGUGCCAAGUGAACGUGGACGAGUGCUCCUCCUCGCCAUGCUUGAACGGAGGUCUGUGCGUAGAUAAGGUGAACUCCUACGCCUGCAACUGCACCCCCGACUGGAUGGGUAGCAGAUGCGAGAAGCCCUACGACGCCUGCGAGUUGAAACCGUGCCAAAAUAACGGGACCUGCGUGUUGGGCGCCAGCAAACACAGCUUCGCCUGCAACUGUUCCCUGGGAUUCGAAGGCGAACGAUGCGAGGUCAACAUAGACGACUGCAAGGAGGUGCAAUGCGCGCCUGGCAAGGUAUGCGUCGAUCUGGUCAACGCGUUCGAAUGCAGGUGUCCCGCCGGAUACGGGGGAGACAAUUGCACCAUCGAUUUGGACCCCUGCGCCAGGGAACCUUGCUCCAAUAACGGCAUCUGCACUGUUGAUAAGAUAACGCCCCACCACUUCAAAUGUUCCUGUCCGCCAGGAUAUAUGGGCGAAUACUGCGACCAGGACAUCGACGAAUGCACCCAGGGAAAAUACUUGUGCAACAACGGCAUAUGCGUGAACACCGAAGGAGGAUUUCAAUGCUACUGCAAACCAGGCUUUACAGGCGAACGUUGUAACUUAGACUUCGACGAGUGCCUUUCUAUGCCUUGCCAAAAUAACGCGACAUGUUUGAAUAAAAUCAACAAGUACGAAUGCGUUUGCCCACCUGGAUACACGGGGAAAGAUUGUUCGGUCAACAUCAACGAAUGCGAUUCCAACCCGUGUACUAUGGGCUCCACCUGUAUCGAUGGAAUCAAUGCUUACACCUGCGUUUGUCAGCCUGGAUUGACCGGACUGAACUGCGAGAUAAAUAAGGACGAUUGUGAGUCUUCGCCCUGCCGACACAAUUCAGUGUGUAUUGAUGGCCUGAACAGCUACACCUGCAACUGUACAGACACUGGUUACACAGGUGAACAUUGCGAGAUUAAUAUCGAUGAUUGCCUGAGCAACCCAUGUGUCAAUCAUGUAAAAUGUGAUGAUCUAGUUAAGGGCUACAGGUGUGUAUGUCACAGUGGAUACACAGGAAUAAACUGCGAAGAAGAUAUCAACGAAUGUGAGAGCAAUCCUUGUCAGUUCGAUGGGACCUGCUUGGAAAGGAGUAACUUAUCCUUGUACAAUUCUCAUAUGAGUUCUGAUGCAAUGCUGCCAGAAAUUUUCAGGGGAGAGUUUGAUUACAACAACGCUGCUGGGUAUGAGUGCGUGUGCAAAGCUGGGAUCAUCGGGAAAAACUGCGAAAUCGACAUCGACGAAUGCCAAAGCUCCCCUUGCCUACACGGCAAAUGCAAGAACCUCAUAAACAACUACUCCUGCGAGUGUAACGACGGUUUCGAAGGCGAUAGAUGCGACAUUGACAUAGACGAAUGCGAGAAAUUCCAUCCUUGCGUCAACGGCGUUUGCGUCGAUAAAAGGGCCGACUACUACUGCAGCUGCGAGCCGAACUACGGCGGUAAAAACUGCUCGGUUGAACUGGUCGGGUGCGUGAACAACCCUUGCAUGAACAACGGCACCUGUAAGCCGUUCCUGUUCAACGAGACCGAGCAUAAGUUCAACUGUUCAUGCGACAACGGUUUCUACGGACCCACGUGUGAAAAAGUGACAACCAUGUCACUGUCUAAGAACUCGCAGAUAAUGGUGAAUACUUCGAGGGAAGAAGGUUAUGACAUCCAGUUCAGGUUCAAGACUACCCUAGGUGAUGGCCUGUUGGCUAUCGGAAAAGGUUUCACCUACUACAUCUUGGAAUUGUCCAAAGGAAGGCUGAACCUCCACUCGAGCCUGCUCAAUAAAUGGGAGGGCGCUUUCGUCGGUUCUAACCUGAACAACAGCGAAUGGCAGAGGGUUUUCGUGGCGAUCAAUUCGACGCACCUGGUGCUCUCCGCCAACGACGAGCAAACCAUCAACGUCAUCAAUUUCAACGAGAACCUCAAUAGCUCGUCUACCACCUUCCCGAUAACUUACAUCGGCGGUAUCCCCAAUAACUUGAGGAAAUUGACGCAUAGUCAGCCGUUCCUGGUCGGUUGCAUCGAGGACGUGUUGAUAAACGGCGAGUGGAUACUUCCGGAAGAGGACAACGUGAACAUUUCGUUCAUGGAGGUGGAGAAGGGAUGCCAGAGGACGCCGCAGUGUCAGCCGAACCCCUGCAAGUCGGGAGGACACUGUACGGAUAAGUGGAGGGAGUUUAGUUGUACGUGCGAAAGGCCCUACCUCGGGAACACUUGUCAGUAUAAUUUUACUGCUGCCACUUUCGGAUAUGAAAACAUAACCGAUUCAUUAGUAACGGUAGCAGUAUCAGAUUAUGCCAGAAGAGCAGUUAGGUCUGUCGUGGAUAUAAGCAUGUUCAUAAGGACGAGGCAAUCUAAGGGCCAAAUAUUCUACUUGGGCUCCGGCAUGGGCUCUUCAAACACCAUUGAUGACACUUACAUUGCUGCCCAAUUAGAAGGCGGUGAACUGAUGGUUAGCAUACAGUUCAACGGAACAUCAGAAUCAUAUACGGUUGGAGGUGUUCAUUUGGAUAAUGGUUACAACCAUUUGAUUGAGGUUGUCAGGAAUAUAACGUUGGUUCAAGUCAAGUUGAACGGGACUGAAUAUUUUAGAAAAACCCUUCCAGCAACCGCCACUCUUGAUGCUCAAGUUUUGUUCCUUGGGGGCCAACCUCAGGUCAGGUCGAUACGGCAGGCGGAAAGUCUGGCAACGUUGCAAAAACCGGACAUUGUAACUUCACCUUCAGCUGCCACUAUUGCCGCUUUAAGCAGUGUGCACUUCAAGGGAAUUAUACAGGACGUGCAAAUCAGCAACGGUUCGACCAUUAUGGUGGUGGAGUUCUUCCCACUCAGAGUGCAAGAUCUGAACAUACCCCCACCGUUCGGUAUGGUCAAUUUCAGUAAAGAUCUGGUGAAAGAAGGUAUAUUGACGGAUGACAUGUGUAGAAACAAGCCGUGUUUGCACGACGGUAGAUGUGAAGUUACCUGGAAUGACUAUCAGUGCCAUUGCGCCAGAGGCUUCAAGGGCAAAAAUUGCAACGAGUUGAAAUUCUGCGAGAUCGAAACUUGUCCCAAGGGUUCCGAUUGCAAGAACCUGGAGGACGGGUUCGAGUGUAUCGCGAACGCUUCUUUUGACGCGACCACCAGACCUCUGAGGUACAGUCUGACGAUCUUACCGAACUCUACGAAAUCGGUGGAUCAGAUGCAGAUAACCUACAGGACCAGAUCGUGGGGAACGGUUUUCUUCGCGAAGAGCAAGGACGAUUACUUCAUCGUGUUCGUUUAUCACAACGAUAUCGUCGUGGAGUGGAGUUUAGAUGGCGUCGUGGAUAGCAGGAAAUUCAAGAAGGAUAACUUCGAGGGACAGUGGUUGACGCUUCUCUUCAAAUUCAAAGAUACCGAAUUCAAGGGCGGUUUUCAGGAGAAUGUGAACGAUGAGAAUCCAAACUUCGAAGUGCAGAAUUUCAGUUCCAGCGCUCUUGUUUACCUGUUGACCAAAGGUGAAAUAUUUGUGGCUGGAAGUGAUGAGAAAACGUUCGACUAUCAACAAGUUAUCGACGAGGCAGACAAUAUGACGGGUUAUAUUCCCGUUGACAGCACUACAGAAAUAUUGAGCACUAAUUCGUUGGAGAAUUUCGACGUCAGCAGAGAUGAAGUUACCUUAUACAAAGUGGAUAAGGAUAAGAAAACUGAUAAAUUCAAGGGUUGUCUGGGAGAAAUCCGCAUAGGUGGUCUACUCCUACCAUUCUUCACCAACAAGGAGCUCAAGUCGAACAGUCACUAUUCCCAGGAGUUCUACGAACUGAUUUCUGAAUCGAAACCCAGCAUAGAUUGUAUUUUAUGUUACGACACCGAUUGCUUUAACCAGGGUCAGUGCAUCAGUCCAGCGGAUACCUAUAAGUGCGAUUGUCCGGCAGGUUAUGCUGCGGACGAUUGUUCUAUAGACAUAAACGAAUGUUUGAAUAACCAGUGCCAAAAUAAUGCUACUUGUGUGGAUCUUGUAGCCAUGUAUAGAUGCGACUGUCAGAUUGGAUAUGAAGGAGAGCACUGUGAAACUGACAUCGACGAAUGUCUUAGCAAUCCUUGCAGGCACGGAGGUACGUGCGUCGACUUGAUCGGUACCUUUAAAUGCAACUGCCCUGAAGAUUUUGUUGGCAAACAAUGUGAAGCUCCUCUUCUUAUAACGUGUGACAAUAAGCCAUGCAAGGAUGGUUCCACUUGUAAAUCUGGAUCAAAUCCAGUUACCGGUAAUAACUUCACUUGCAUAUGCACAGAGGGCAUGGAAGGGCCUCUCUGUGAUACCCCAUUCUGCCAAUUGAAAGACUGCGAAAACGGCGGAGAAUGCAACACCGCCAAAGAUAUCCCUUACUGUGACUGUAAGGAGGGAUUCGACGGAAAAUACUGCGAGAACAAUAUUGACGAUUGUGUGCUGCCAUCUGGGGAGAAUCCUUGUCGAAAUGGGGGUCUUUGUAUUGAUGAAAUAAAUAAAUACAAAUGUAAUUGUACUGGCACAGGCUUCAGAGGGCCACAAUGUGAAACUGAUAUUGACGAGUGUGAGGAUCCAUUAGCUUGUGGUCAGGGAACUUGCCGCAAUAUUCCAGGUGAUUUCAGAUGCAUUUGCCUUAAUCCCUUGGGCAAAUGUGGUCAUGGGUGUCUUCUUGAUGAUCCAUGUUUUGGGACCAAUCCUUGCGUACACGGGGAUUGUACUUCUGACUGUACAAACAAACCAGCUUAUAAAUGUCGCUGUAGGGAUAAUUAUGUUGGUGAAAAUUGUACAGAUUAUCAGCUUCUCUCUAGUGUAAGUGAAGGUGGAUUCAACAUUCUUUACGUAGUCGUACCCCUAGUACUAAUAGUAUUCGUUGGUCUCGCUAUUGGUAUGGUGAUAUUGGUCAAUGUUGCCAGAAGUAAGAGAGCUACCAGGGGUACCUACAGUCCAAGUGCCCAAGAAUUUUGUAAUCCUCGGGUGGAGUUGGACCAUGUUUUGAAACCACCACCAGAGGAAAGGUUGAUAUGAUAUAGUGACAUCGAUUAUAACCAAGUAGGAAUUUUUUUAUCAUACGUAAUUACGGCGGAUUGGUACCCUUUUCUUGUCAAAAUUUGAGUAGAAUUUCAAGGAAUCAGUUUUGAGGUAUAGAUCAAAGUUCUCAUAUAUCAAAUUUAUAAAUGUAUUGAGUAUUCCGGUUUUAUUGAAUUUAAUUCUCUUCGCGCGUUUUUUUAUUAUUUUUGAAAUUUGUUUUGGCGGACCAAUAAUGCAGAUUGGGUACCUAAAUUUCUCCCUUAAAAUUUUUUUCCUGUUGAUAUUUCUAAUCGUAAGAAAAACAUAUUGCAUGGAAAAAA